UUUCGAAUAUAUAAGGAGGUGGAGGUGGCAGCUGCCCAGCUCGGCGUCCUCCCCUCCCUUCCUCCCCACAUCCCUCUCCUCACUCCCAGGCCCAUUGCUCUUCCUCCCUCCCUUCCCUCCCUCCUUCCCCUCACCCCAGGCUCACUCUCGGAGCCGAGCCAGCUGGGUCGGCGUCUGCUGGCCGCUGUACUUGUGGUCCUCUGGCUAGCCUUUGCCCGUCCCGCCACGAUGGAGGGACCCCAGCAGAAGUCCGCGCCGGGCUCAGUUCUCAGUCCUGCCCGCGUGCAGGGUGGCAUUCAGCGGCCGCGCCACCUCUCAGGCUUCGGGUUUGGGUCUGAUGGCUUCCUGGGGUCUCCGGAGCGUACGGCUUCCUCCUCUCCGGUUACCACUCUUACCCAGACCAUGCUCAACCUCGCUGGGCUCGGCAGUGAGAUCCCAAAAUCUCAAGUAGGAAGCCUGUCGUUCCAGAACAGGCUGGCAGACCUAUCCCUGUCCAGACGCACCUCUGAGUGCUCCCUGUCAUCUGAGUCCUCAGAAUCUUCUGAUGCAGGUCUCUGCAUGGACUCCCCCAGCCCUGUGGACCCAGAGAUGGCAGAGCGAACGUUUGAACAGGCCAUUCAGGCAGCCAGUCAGGUCAUUCAAAAUGAGCAGUUUACCAUAAAACGCUUCCGAUCUUUACCAGUAAGGCUGCUGGAACACAGCCCUGUGCUACAAAACAUCACCAACUCCCGAGCACUGGACAGCCGGAAGAGAACUGAAGCAGGCUACAGAGUUGCCAGUAGUCCUGCAGAGGACAAAGAGAAUGAUGGAUAUAUCUUCAAGAUGCCACAGAAGCUCCCUCAUUCCAGCCCUGUCCAAACUUUGGCAGAAUGGGUCAGCUGCAAAGAGGCCUUUACCCAGAGGCCCAGCUCAGCCCCUGACUUGAUGUGUCUUAGCACUGAGUGGAAGAUGGAAGUAGAGGAGCUAAGCCCUGUGGCACAGUCUUCCUCUUCCUUGACUCCUGUUGAAAGGGCUUCAGAAGAAGAUGACGGAUUUGUGGACAUCCUGGAGAAUGAUUUAAAGGGUGAUGAUAUGGUCCCUGCAGGCAUGGAGAACCUCAUUAGUGCCCCACUGGUCAAAAAGCUGGAUAAAGAAGAGGAACAGGAUCUCAUCAUGUUCAGCAAGUGCCAGCGGCUCUUCCGCUCUCCGUCCAUGCCAUGCAGUGUGAUCCGGCCCAUCCUCAAGAGGCUAGAGCGGCCCCAGGACAGGGAUGUGCCUGUCCAGAGCAAGCGCAGGAAAAGUGUGACACCCCUGGAAGAGCAGCAGCCGGAAGAACCUAAGGCCCGUGUCUUCCGUUCAAAGUCCCUGUGUCAUGAGAUUGAGAGCAUCCUGGACAGUGACCACCGUGGAUUGAUUGGAGAUUACUCUAAGGCCUUCCUCCUGCAGACUGUGGAUGGCAAACACCAAGACCUCAAGUACAUCUCACCAGAAACUAUGGUGGCCCUGUUAACAGGCAAGUUCAGCAACAUCGUGGAGAAAUUUGUAAUUGUGGACUGCAGAUACCCCUAUGAGUAUGAAGGCGGGCAUAUCAAGAAUGCUGUGAACUUGCCCCUGGAACGGGAUGCCGAGACCUUUCUGCUGCAGCAUCCCAUCAUGCCUUGUAACCUGGACAAGAGAAUCAUCCUCAUUUUCCACUGUGAAUUCUCGUCUGAGCGUGGACCACGAAUGUGCCGCUUCAUCAGGGAACGGGACCGUGCAGCCAACGACUACCCCAGCCUGUACUACCCCGAGAUGUACAUCCUCAAAGGCGGCUACAAGGAGUUCUUCCCACAGCAUCCGAACUUUUGUGAGCCCCAGGACUACCGACCCAUGAACCAUGAGGCUUUCAGGGAUGAGCUGAGGAACUUCCGCCUCAAGACACGCAGCUGGGCUGGAGAACGAAGCCGGAGGGAACUCUGUAGCAGGCUGCAAGACCAGUGACAAGCUAGCCUCAGUCCUGCUGCCAUCCUUACCUCUCGAGGCUUGGGAGCCAGUGGGUCCCACAGGCCUAUGAGGCCACCUACCUGCUAGAGGCCUCAGGUGCUAUAGGGGGGAUGGUGUGGUGUCACAUCUGUCUGUCCCUGUCCUCAAUUUUCCUGUCUCACUCCACUAAUUUUCUGUAUCUUGGUACUGGUCCCAUCUUAAAGAGCUGAACCUGAUGGGUGGAUCCCAGCUGAGAGGAAGUUCUUUGUGUUCAGUGGGAGCCCUUUUACAGUUUUUUUUCCUUGUUUGUGUUAACUCUUUGUCUUUCCCCCUUUCUGGGGAGAGCCUCAGCCCUUUAGGAUGAGCACAGUAGCUUCUUGGGUGGCCUGGACACAAGAUGCUGCUCUGCUUCUGCACAGGGCUGUGUCUGCUCUCCUCUCCUGGCCUCUGCAUAGAUGCCUCCACUGGAAGCAUGAGUGCUUGCUUUGUCCUUGUUGUAGCCUUAUCUGUAGCUUUCAUUUUUGUCUGUCUAAAUUAGCGUUGUUUCAGGACACACUGACAGCUGGGGAGGCUUCCUUGUACAGCUGGGGACUAGAGAUUCAAGUAUCGUUUACUCAUUAGGCCUGGGUUUUGUUAGCCUAGAAAGGGAUCCUUCUCCUUUAAGGCCCCCAGGGCUAGAGCAAAGGCCUAAUUCAGGAGCCUCUGGGAGCCCUAUCCUCACUACUGUGAACCCCAGAGCCUCACUCAUCAGAAGUUGCUGCUGGGCAGUGGACCAGUCACUGAGCUUCCCUUUUUGAUCCUUCUCUGUCCUUCCCUGUUCUUCUUUUUAUAUCUGCUCCAGAAGACCUCUUAUAUGCAUGGUUUUUCUGUGUUGUACUAGUGACUUGAGUCUAGGCUCUUUGUUGGGUGGUCAUGGAUGCACAGUGCCUUGUACACGUGUAUAUGCACACAAACCGGGUGGAAGUAUUUUGGUAAGCACGAUGGCCUAUGGCAGGAGUGUAUGUGUGCACGUGUGAACCAAGUCUUUACACUAAGCAUUUGGAAAUAUUAAAGGUAUAUUGUCAUAGAGGAUAAAAAAGCAACCUCUGGGUUCAGAAUCUACAUACGAGAAGGUCAUGCUGGAAGGCCCCCAGUGAGUCCUCUGUUGGGGCCUUGGUUCAAUAAAGCACUGAGCAAGCUGAAUAAUCUGUUGGUUA